AUGAAACUAGUCAAAAAGUAUCAUGUGAUUCCGUACGAAGAGGGGUCUGCUACCGAGGCUGCCACACGUUUUUUGGAAAAGAUUUUAAAUGAUCCCGAAUUGGAUGACCAUGACAAGUGCCGAUUUUAUCAAGAUUUACUCUACCGUAUUCGACGACACCGAGAUUUGCCAAUUAUAAACGACGAAAUUACCUCAAUAUUGCGAGAAAAUCUUUCACAACAAUUGAAAACAAAGAGGAGAGACGUCGCUCUUUCCUCUGGCCAACCAGAUGAGGACGACGAUAAAGACGGAAACAAUGACCCUUACAGACUAUUUCCUGGUGAAUUUGAUAUUCCAAAUGUAGAUACACUGAAAAGGGAACUUAAAAGUGAGGACCCUGACAAAAUUGAUAUACCCAAUGAUGAACAUUUGUAUGGAAGUGUAAAACCUAAAGCGGAAAUGUAUUUGGAUCCAAACUCUGCUGCAAAUUUUCAAUACAACACGUACAAUGAUCCACACAAUACGUUUCAUCCAAAAGCUCAAGGACCAGUGUUUCGAAUAGCAAGAAAAUAUCGCAGCGCACCCCCAUACUCUGUGCCAACAAGAAUGGAACGUGUUGCAAAUCUCAAAAAUCGAGUCAGAGACGAAGGAGGGAGAAGCAAUGUAGAUAGGGAACUCUUUCCAAAAUUGAAAAUGUUUAAGCCUGACGUGAGAAAUGUAAAGAAGGAACCAAUUGUGAAAAGGGAGGAAAACGACUCUAAGAGGGACAUUAAACCAAUUGUGAAAAAGGAAGAAACGGAUGUUAAACCUAACCCCUUGGCAACUGCAGGGAGACGCACCAUAAAAAAGGAAGAGCCGGAUACCAAACCAAGCGUCAAGCCUAAAGUAACUACACUGAAACGUUCAAUCAAAAUGGAAGAAGACUCUAGUGUUUCUCCUUUACACAAGAGAGAAAAGUCUGUCAAAACUGAGGAAAUUGACAAAAAAUUGAACAAAAAGAAGAAACGCGGAAAGAAGGAAAAACUAGCAAAGGCAGAGAAAAAGAAGAAGAGAAAAGCUAUCAAAAGGGAUCAGCAGAAGGUAUUUUCACAAGAAGAGCUUCCAAAUCCUGAAAAGUUGCCGCCUCGAAUGUUAACAAAGCGAAAAUGGUCCAAUUCUGACGACGACUUUGACGUGGUACCUAGAAAACGGAGGACAAUUCGCGGCUCUGGUGUCUCGGCACCCGCUGGUUCACGCAUUUACUGUAGGCUUUGGAAACUAUAA